AUGGAGAUGAGCCCCCAUGAAGCACGUAGAUUCAAGCUCCGACGCCACAACAGCAGGCCGAAGACGCGUCUGGACAAUCUCCCCGAGGAUGUGAUACAAAAGAUACUAUCGCGCUUGCCUCUAAAGGAGGUGGUGCAGAUAAGCACACUGUCGAGUGGGUGGAGACAUGUCUGGAGAUACCACCCAGAUCUAAUCUUCAGUGUUGAAAAAUUGUUUGAUGGCAAGGACAAGGGGGACCAAGAAUUUGUUACUAGUGUCAAUGAUAUCCUGAAGGAUCAUUACUGUACUGUUGUGAACAAGUUUAAGGUGAAUUAUGGACUAUCUGAAGAACACGGUGAUGAUCUUGAUGAAUGGCUCCGUUUUUCUGUUCUAUCAAAGGCAAAGAACGUUGUUCUUGAUCUACGCCCUCCACCCAAAUGCCCGGAUAAUGUCUACAACUUCCCUCUGCAUCUUUUUGAUGAUCGAAACAGCUCAUGUGUGCUGUCUCUCCGACUUGUCUUAGUGUGCCUAAGGCCAGCUCCGAAUUUCUGUGGCUUUGCAAACCUUCGAUCACUCAAAUUGCAUAGGGUUUAUGUAUCGAAGGACCUCCAUUGCAUGCUCCCACACUGUGUUGUCCUUGAGUGGUUAAGCCUAACAGACUGUUUCAUGCCUUCCUUCACCAUGUCUGAGCCACUAGACCACCUGCAGUAUGCUUGUAUUCAGAAUUGCAGCCUACAAAGCAUGGAACUGCAUGCACCAAAUCUCACAGUAUUUGAGUAUUCAGAGCAGGAUGUGCCGAUUGUGCUUGGCAAAUUUCACAAGCUGACAAAGGCAAAAAUUGAAGUAUUAUCAGAUUCUGACAAUCUAGACUACACUUUUAGUCAUCUUGUUAGGGCUAUGCCUAAUGCGGAGGAAAUCUCUCUUAGAAUUCAUAUCCAAAAUGAGGCACGACAGUUCAUGACAGACAGCCGAUGUGAUUUUAUUAAUCUGAGGUAUCUCAAUAUAGAGGUUUUGGUGGACGGAGAUCCAGGUUGUUCAAGUGGGAUUCUUCGUUUGGCUUCUCUAUUGGAACUAACUCCCUCUCUUGAUGUUCAAUCUGCAUGUGUUGUUUAAUUCUAGCCUGCGAUACAAUGGUGGUGGUGAUGCCACGAAGACUUCAGGCCACAAACUUAGACAUCUCAAGAGGGUAUACAUGUCAGGAUUUGCUGAUCUCCGGGGCCAGUUGGAGCUUGCGUGGUAUAUCCUCCAGCAUGCCACCGUCCUCGAGCGCAUGGUCAUUGAUCCUAGUGUGAAGACUCGCUUCGGCUCGCACCGUGCAGUUGAGGGUGGGCUGUUCCAGGAUCUCCUGGCAAUAUACUUGCUUCUACCCAAAUUUCCAGAGGUCCUGACUGUUUUGAGGGCACCACCGCCAGGGUAUCGGUGACCUGGACGGCCAUUCUUCCAGCUGGGCUGGUUUAUUCUAGGAGAAAGUAUAUUUUUCGUCCUUCAACUCUUUUAAAAAUAUAGUGAUCAUCCCUUAACUUCAAAAUCAGCAAAACUUAGUCUCUCAAUUUUUAAAAUCGGAUAAUUUUAGUCCCUCAUGUGGUUUCGUGUGGACGUGGAGUGGUUUUUGAUUCAGAGUUUCAGACACGUGCACGAAAGGUGCUCGGCAUAGCCCAUCAAGCAGCAGUGCACAUGGGAGGUGAAACACGCAAGCAGUAGCUGCAGCAAUGAGCGAAUAUGGCGGCGGCGCGGCUUGGUUUAUCCACCAUGAGGCCGCCCAACGACGACCUGUGCAGGAUGCCUUUCUGGCGUUUCCUGCCUACGUGGUAGCUGCUGGAGUCCUGGAGGCAGGAUGCUCUUGAGCUCUUGUCGCUGCCACUGCUGGUGCUUGUGCACGAGCGCUCCGAGUCUGACUCCUCGUGCAGGCCCUCAAAAAACAAGCCUGGCACCUACAUUUCUUCAGUUCAUGUUGAGCUUGGACUUGACAUGGCUGUAACCGUGAUGUUUUACAGGGGACGGCGAUCGCGAGCUUCUGCAAGGC